AUGAAUGAUAUCAUUGAGUUUAAUAGAAAUAAUAUCGAUUUAAACAAUAGUGAACUGCCGUACAGUAUAUUCAAUGUCGAGGAUGUCAUCGAAAAAUAUAGUCAAUGGUGUCGACUAAUGCCCAGAAUUAGACCAUAUUAUGCGGUCAAAGCUAACCCUAGUCUACCGUUACUCAAAGUGCUCAAUAAACUGGGAGUCGGGUUUGAUUGUGCCAGUCAGCACGAAAUUGAAACAGUACUUGAAUUGGGUGCCAAACCCGAGUCAAUCAUAUUUGCAAACACUUGCAAAACUAAUGCAUCGCUUGUCUAUUCACGCGAUGAAGACAUUGAUCUCAUGACAUUUGACUGUCUGGAAGAGCUUAAGAAAAUACAGAUCAGACACCCGGAAGCCAGACUACUUGUGCGCAUCAAAGUGGAUGACACCGACUCAAAGGUCCGACUAAAUCGUAAGUUUGGUUGCUCUAUGACUGAUGCGCUUAAUCUGUUGUCGGCUGCAAAACAAAUGGGUUUGUUUGUUAUCGGUGUGGCCUUUCAUGUGGGUAGUGGUGCACAAAGUGCUGACGCCUAUGACCUGGCAAUUGCCAGAGCCCGGCAAGUGUUUGAUAUGGCCGAAGCUCUGGGCUAUAAGAUGUCAGUACUGGACAUUGGCGGUGGAUUUCCUGGUCUAUGGAGUCAUAGUUUGGACAACAAUGAGAUAACAUUUGAACAGAUGGCUAAGGUUGUCAAUACAGCUAUUGAUAAACAUUUUGCUACUAUAGAUGAUAAUGGGCACUGGUAUGACAAUCUGACUGUUAUGGCUGAACCGGGCACAUAUUUUUGUGAAACUGCUUUUACUGUACUGACCCGUGUGUUGUCCCGACGCGAGGUUAGUGAUGACCAAAAUAAUUGGCCACAUAUUAUGUAUACAUUGAAUGACGGCGCCUACGGAUCGUUCAAAGAUUCAAUAUAUAUACGUAAAGUUUAUGAACCGAUACCACUGUUAUCAUCGGAUAUCAUAGCAAAAAGACAGCCCUAUAAUAGUAUACUAUGGGGACCGACAUGUUGUAGUCAAGACUGUAUUCAAGAUAACUGUCCUCUGGUUGAGAUGUUUAUCGGCGAAUGGCUUAUGUUUGCAAAUAUGGGCGCUUAUAGUACUAACUUUGAUAACAUUGGCUUCAAUGGUAUGCCGGCACCUGUAUAUAGAAUAUAUGUGUCCUAUAAGGCCAAACAAGUUUUAAUUAAACGCAACGUUUGGAAACCAAUUAGAUCUUAUUUCUAUCAAUUUGGUUAUAAUCAACAAUAA